CCGUCCUCGUUUGAGUCGAUGAAGGAAUGCGAAUAUGAAGACAUACCAGGGGCGCAUUCUUGCUCGUCCUCGGUUGAUUACGCGGCGGCGUUUCAGCUCCACCAGCGGCGCAGUUAGCACCCUUGUCUAUAAAAGAGCAGGCCGCAAAUUCACACCUCCAUUUGCCAAAGCGGUUUGCAGCCACCACCAUGUUCGUGUUUUUGGCGAUUUUAGUCGCAAUCGUGAAGCUGGCCGACGCCAAGGUGUACAACAUUCCUCUCGACCCGUCGGGCAACAUCACCCUCCACUGGAUGCCCGACUACUCCAAGGAAAAAGUCACUUUCGAGGUUCACUUCCACACGGAGAGCAUGUCUCAAUGGCUCGCGGUAGGCUUUUCUGACUACGGGGAAACCACCCUCGCCGAUUACUGCUUGUACUGGGUCGACUGGAAAGGUGGCACACACCUAACGGACACGUGGACAGACAAGGAUGGAAAAUUCCGUGAAGAUGAAAUGCAGAAUUGCGAGGAUUUCAAAUUUGUCCGCCACAACUCGCACAUUAAGUUUUCCUUCGCCCGAAAAUUCGAUACUUGCGAUGAAAAUGAUUAUGUGAUAGAAGAUGGCACGACACACGUAGUUUGGGCCUUUGGUGAUGGCCCUCUUUAUCGCAUCAAUGGGCUGAGCAUCGCCGAGGCGAAGAGUGGCUUCCAACGAACGCAGCUACUAAAGGCACUGAUCGCCAAACCGAAUUUUCCGCCGGACACGCACGCCCUGUAUUUCACUUCCGACCGAGCGAAAGUUCCCUCGGACGAAACUACCUAUUGGUGUCACGUGCAUUUGCUUCCAGCAACAUUGAGGGACAAAAAACAUCACGUGCUGCAGUUUGGACCUGCCAUCCAGAAAGGAAAUGAGCCGCUCGUGCAUCACAUGGAGCUUUUUCACUGCGAGCUUCCUGCGCAGCAAAAAGUGCCAAGUUACCAAGGCCCUUGCUUCGCGCCAGACAAGCCAGCUUUGCUUGAUAAUUGCAAAAGGGUGCUUUCGGCGUGGGCCAUGGGGGCCCAACCUUUUGAUUACCCUGAGGAAGCUGGUUUACCUAUUGGUGGGCCCGAUUUCAAUCCUUACGUCAUGCUUGAGGUUCAUUACAAUAACCCGGAAUUGAAAUCUGAUUGGAUUGACAGCUCCGGAAUAAAACUGUUAGUCACGCCAACUUUGCGCCCACUAGACGCCGGCGUGAUGGAACUCGGAUUGGAGUACAUCGACAAAAUGGCCAUUCCACCCUCGCAGCCAAGUUUCCUUUUGUCCGGCUAUUGCAUCAGCGAAUGCACGGCUGUGAGCCUCAACCAAGAGGGCAUCGUGAUAUUCGCGUCGCAGCUGCACACGCACCUGACAGGGACCAGGGUGGAAACGAGGCACAUCCGAGACGGCAGAGAGCUGCCGCUGCUAAACCAAGACCGGCACUACAGCGCGCACUUCCAGGAGAUUCGCAAGCUGAAGCGGCCUGUGCGCGUACUACCUGGAGAUGCACUGGUGACGACCUGCUUCUACAAUACUGAGGACAGAGUUAACAUUACGCUCGGAGGCUUCUCCAUCAGCGACGAGAUGUGCGUCAACUACGUCCACUAUUACCCCAAAUCCCGGCUCGAAGUUUGCAAAAGCUCGGUCAGCUACGAGAGCCUGUGGGACUACUUUAGAUUCAUGCGAGAUUGGGAUGGCCAGGAUACCCUUGAGCCACAGGGAGCGAUAUCAAAAAAUUACGGAUCGAUAGAUUGGACUCCUGCCAGAGCAAAUGUGUUGCAGCAAAUGUACUUGGAGUCACCUCUGUCGAUGCAGUGCAAUCAGUCAAAUGGAGAGCGCUUUCCAGGCGAGUGGGAAAACACGCCUUUGACGACAAUCCUCUAUCCUCUUCCGCCUAAGGCAAGACCAGCGUGUGAACAAUUGUAAUUGUUAUUACGCACCAAUAAUAAAAAAUGCGCAUGUAUACAAAAUUAAAAUAAAUAGCGUCACCUCAAUAAAAGAAAUCUCA